UGAGUCCCCCCUUCCGACCCAGACUUCUCCGCUGCCACAAUGUCCUCCGACUUCGAGGGCUACGAGCAGGACUUCUCGGUUCUCACCGCGGAGAUCACGAACCGCAUCGGGAAGGUGCCCAAGUUGCUCGGAGAUGAGAAGAAGCAAAUGGUUUCAAAUGUGGAGAAGCAGCUGGAAGAAGCAAGAGAGCUGCUGGAACAAAUGGAGCUUGAAGUUCGAGAAAUCCCUCCACAGAGCCGAGGCAUGUACAGCAGUAGAAUGAGGAGCUACAAGCAAGAAAUGGAAAAACUUGAAGCAGAUUUUAAAAGGUCACGGAUUGCCUACAGUGACGAGGUGAGGAAUGAGCUCCUAGGGGAUGAUGGGAAUUCCUCAGAGAUCCAGUUGAUAAAAUUACGUGAAGAGAGGGCGCAUCUGCUCGAUAACACAGAGAGGCUGGAAAGGUCAUCUCGGAGACUAGAGGCUGGAUACCAAAUAGCAGUGGAAACUGAACAGAUUGGCCAGGACAUAUUGGAAAACCUCAGCCAUGACAGAGAGAAGAUUCAGCGUGCUCGAGAAAGACUCAGAGAAACAGAUGCAAACUUGGGCAAGAGUUCAAGGAUCCUUACAGGAAUGUUACGAAGGUAAGGGCAAGGAUCAUUCAAAACCGGAUUUUGUUAGUUAUCUUGGGGAUCAUCGUCAUCUUUGCAGUCCUGAUGAUUAUUUAUUUUUCUGUCAGGAGACACUGAUAUCUUUGUUCUUCACUGACCAGCAACAAACUGCUUCAGAGUAAUUAAGACAAAGUGGUCACAUGAAUCAUUCUCUUGCACUGAAAUGGUUCUCCCUCUCAAAGCCUGCGGUUCAACUCUGGUGCAAGUAGCAUAAGCAUAUUUUGUCUUACUGGCUGCAUGUGCAUUUGAUAUUUUUCUUUGUUUUAGAGGGUAUGUCAUAGUAUGACUGUUCUGGUUUUCCCAUAUUAGUAUAUGCAAUGAACAUAUUGUUAGUAUACAAGACCACAUGUGUAAGCAACUUAUUAAAUUCCAUGCCAGAUUUUUAAUGCUGACACUUGCAAGCAUUUAAACACUCGACUUGGCUUGAAUUGGUAUUAGAUCUCUGGCAAGAAAUUCCCUCUUAGGAUCUUGGAAUGGGAGCAAACAGAAUUUUUUAAAAAACAUAGUGUGACAUACUCAGGCUUGAGUAACAAUCACAAAUGUAACCCAGCAAAGCCAGAGGAGUCAUUGCUUCUAAUAAACAUAUUGUCUUUUUGACAGGAUGGCUUAAUGUCCACUGUGAACCUAGUAUUCAAAUGUGAUAGUUUUUCUUAUUUCUUUCAAACUUUAUUUACAGACCAUGUAUAUAUAUUCAUCUCCACCAAGUCCUGGAUUGUCAGAUGAAUUUAUUUUGCAGUGUUGCCCUAUGACUGUGUUGUUGUCAUGCUGAUAAUGUUGCUUUCCAAUAUUGUGCUUUUAAUGAAUGUAGAUUCCAAAGCAAGAAAAGACUGGCUAGCAGUUACAUAGAGAUCCUUUCGGAGUCACUUCUCAGUUUUCUGGAUUUAGAUUCAACACAAUAAUGAGAUUUAAAAUCUGAAGUAUCAUGCAAGAAUAAAUAUGGUGAGAUUGUGUGCAAGUAA